AAAAUUACUUCGUUAUUAUUAAUAAGACGCAUAAUAUUAUUAAAAAUCCGCCAUGGAUAAUACCAACCGCCUUCCUUUCGGAACAACAUGAAGCCAUACAUUUAUAAAAUAACUUAACACCAAGCAUUUUUGCCUAGUGUUUUGUGUUAAGUUAUAUACUCCUGGAAAUACUAACAUGAAAUAGUGAACCAUAAGUAAUCAAUACCAAAUAAUAAUCCUCAUCCAUCCAUUACAACAUAUGAGAAAAACGAUAAAAAUACAAAAUGGAGAAACAAGGUAAAUACGUAAAAGAGGACGAAAGCACAAUUUCACUAUUCAGAAGGAACAAUAAGAAAAAGACUCCCCAGGCUUGUAAUGCCUUGACCAACCCCCAUGCACCAUACCGAAACUAUAAGCUACAUCUGGAUACCCAAUCUAAGGUAUACAACUCUAUUAUUGAUCAAUAUAAUUGCCCAAUCAACUAUUCGCCACAUUCUUACUACAAUUAUGAAGAAAACUUGGUAGAAAAGAAGCCUAAAGUACAAUCUCGAUAUAUGGACUUUUACUAUAAAGAUCUACAGGAAAGAGAACAAUCGGCACCUUGCGAGUGUUGCUCGCAUUUAUCUCAUUCAAUUAUGAUGGCACAAAACUGGUCAUUAUGCGAAUCAACUCCAAUGCCAUUAUCCUACUGUGAAGAUCAAAGUCCUAUUCAGCAGACGAUUAUGAAGCGCAAGCGAAACGAUACGAAGUCACGGUAUAUGGAUUUUCUUAAGACGAAAAACGAACCGAUGGAAGACGUUAGAACCAAAAUCCAGUCACCACAACAGUCAUAUUUUGAAAGCUUUAAUACUAUUGCUGUAUACAAAAGUAAGAAGGACAAGUAUAAUUCCAGUAAAGAAAUCGAUAAUGCUUGUUACGUCAUCAACCCACGUCCACCAACUCAGUACUACGACGAUCCAGACAGGCGAUCAAGAUUAUUCAAAUACAUUAUGGAUGAAGACUAUCCGAUGAAACAGUUGCUAACACAUAUUGAAGAAGAAGAAGAUCUCCAAGAACACUCUUCCAUGAAACCUCGUAACAUGGAGUUUAACCAUCAAAGUCGACAUGAGAAGAAAGAAUUUGCUAAAAGUGUUUCGCCGUCACAUUCUUGUGGUGAAGGAGAGUUUAAAAAACCUUCCGUGAAACCUCGUCACACGGAUUUUAACCAUCAAUGUCAAGAUGAAGAAAACGAAUUAACUAUGUGUGUUUCGCCAACAAAUUCUUGUGUCGAUAUAGAUUUGGAAGAAAAACCAUGGAAGAACAUACGUACAAAAUCACGUUACAUGGAUUUUUACAACAAAAAUCGAAAUCAAAGAAAAGAUUCGGCUGCUGGCGAAUAUAGUUUGGAUGCACCUGAUUUGAAUCCAACACAUUGUCCACACGAAGCUACCGAAACAGUUUUAAGUGAUCAGUGUCCUGCUAGCAAGACGAAUGACACUAAAACAAUCGUAAUCAAAUCACGGUAUGUGGACUGGGAAAAAGACCGGCCGUCUGAUGUAUUUAAAAAUGCAUCUCAACUAGACUGGAAUGAUUAUCAUCGAUUGAACACCAUACACAAUUUUUUGGAUGAUAUGCAGAACAACUAUCCUUCUAUUUGCACUACCGGUGUCAUCGGAUCGUCAAUAGAAAACCGGGAUCUUACGGUUCUGAAAGUGUCCAACAGUAACGUUGGGAACGCCCGCGUGUGGAUCGAUGCCGGCAUACAUGCGCGAGAGUGGAUCGCGCCCGCCGUCAACACGUACAUUAUCAACUACAUCGUCAAAAACUUCGAUGAGCUGCCUGACUCCAUAACCAAUAAGGAUUGGUAUUUCCUCCCGGUAAUGAAUCCAGACGGCUACGAAUUUUCUCACACUAACUCACGUAUGUGGCGCAAAAACAAAGCAUGGCACGGAAGGGAAUGCUUGGGCGUUGAUCUUAACAGGAAUUUUAGCUUCGGUUGGGGCUGUAAAGGCUCAUCAAACGAUCCAAAGAGUCCGUUUUACCAUGGUCCUCACCCAUUUUCUGAACCGGAAUCUAGAGCUGUAAGAGAUAUGUUGCAAUCGUCCGGGAUUAAAUUCAAAGUAUACAUAACAUUGCACAGCUUCGGAGAAGUUAUCUUAUUUCCAUUUGCUUAUCGAGAUGAGCUCUGCCCGGACUACGUCCGUCUAUUAGAAGGGGCCACUGUUAUGUCUAAGGCGAUCUAUGCGGCAAGUGGAAACAUAUACAAGGUAGGCAUCUCUCGUGACGUGAUGUACGGUGCCGCCGGCACCAGCUGCGACUGGAGCUACGGGGAGGCAAAGAUCCCCUUCUGCUACCUUCUAGAGCUUAGAAGCAAGAAACACAAGUUUAGAUUACCACAGAUAGAAAUAGAAGAGACAGGCAAAGAAAUUCUGAGUGCCAUUAUGGCGUUGAUGAAGUUUGUUGAUAAUUAUGACUUGGAUGGUAACUUUAUUGAAGACCCGAAAAUGUCGAUAAACAUAUGGAAGGAAGAACGAAGCACGAUGGAUUUCUUCGUGGACAAGCCGCGGGUUGCCCAAGUGGCCUCCAUGCUGCACGAGAGAGGCAUACCAUUCUCCGUUUCUAUCAGAGACGUGGAUGAGUUGAGGUGUUGUGAGCAGGGGUCCUCAAUCACUGUCAACCUCAGCACGACUGAGCGGCCUGGAUGCCCGAGAGCGUCACCAACAAGGACUGGUAGGUUCCUACUAGCAAUAUAUACUUUAGAACACAAUAAAGGCGUCUGGUUGGAUGGAGGUAUCCACGCGCGCGAGUGGGUCAGCAUCGCCGUGACCACAUACAUAGCUAACGAAAUCGUCCAAAACUUCAACAGGAUGCCCGAGAGCGUCACCAACAAGGACUGGUAUAUACUUGCAGUGGUGAACCCUGACGGCUACGUGUACACUCACACCACGGAUCGAAUGUGGCGUAAAAAUAGAGCGCAAUACGGACAGUGCGCGGGAGUAGAUCUCAAUAGGAACUUCAGUAUCGGCUGGGGACAGGCAGGGGAAGACGGUUCGUCUGAAGACCCUGGCAGCAUUUUCUACCGUGGACCAAAGCCUUUCUCGGAGCCAGAGACCGCUGCAAUAAAGAAGGUGAUUCACGAGUGUAAAGCAGACUUCAAGGCGUUCCUUUCGCUCCACAGCUACGGUGAAGUUAUUCUUUUUCCUUGGGGCUACACUAGCGAUCCCUGUCCGUCAUACGUGGAACUACUUGAGGGAGGCACUGUUAUGGCUCGGGCAAUACACGCUGUGAACGGGCGCACAUACAAGGUUGGAAGCACUAAGGACAUCAUGUACUACUCAGCGGGAACCAGCGUAGAUUGGAGCUAUGGCUGCGCUAAGAUCCCCUACUCAUACAUGAUCGAACUACCAAGCAAGCAACACCGGUUUCUCUUACCCAAAGAUCGGAUCAUCCCCACAGCAAAAGAAGUCUUUUGUGGAGUGAUAGAGUUAAUGCAAUUCAUCGACAGGAAAUGUAAAGGAAUGGCGCAGUCAGCUACCUCUUGUAGGGCUAAUACCUCUGGUCCGCCUAAACCCUCUUGUUUUAAGCCUACCUCUAGUUCGACUAAACUCUCUUGUAUUAAGCCUAUCUCUUGUUCGCCUAAACCCUCUUUUAAUGGGCUUACCUGUCGUUCGCCUAAACCCUCUUGUAAGAAGCCUAUCUCUUGUUCGCCUACAUCCUCUUUUACUGGGCUUACCUCUUCUUCGCCUAAACCCUCUUGUAAGAAGCCUAUCUCUUGUUCGCCUACACCCUCUUUUACUGGGCUUACCUCUUCUUCGUCUAAACCCUCUUGUAAGAAGCCUAUCUCUUGUUCGCCUACACCCUCUUUUACUGGGCUUACCUCUUCUUCGCCUAAACCCUCUUGUAAGAAGCCUAUCUCUUGUUCGCCUACACCCUCUUUUACUGGGCUUACCUCUUGUUCGCCUAUACCCUCUUGUAUUAGGCAUACUCUCUCUUGUACGCCUAAUCCCUCUUGUAUUAUUAGGCCUACCUCUUGUUCGCCUAAACCGUCUUGUAUUAGGCCUAAUACAUCUUGUAGGCCUAAUAGCUCUUGUAAUUUAUAGCACUAAUGUUGGUUUUCUUGAGUGCCGGACUAUUUUUUGAGUCUGAUUGUACGAAUUGGCAUAGUGAGAUUUUUUCGUUUCUCAACCCAGUAAAAUUACGUUAGAAACACUGUUCAUUUCGCAUAUUUUUUUGAUAUGAUAUCUCUGUAUGAU